GUCAAUGUUGGGUCAAGAGACAAUUUUCGGUCAAGAGGGGUCAAUGUUGGGUCAAGGUGGGUCAAUUUUAGGUCAAGGUGGGGCGAUGUUGGGUCAAGAGGCGCCGUUGGCACGAAGGGCGUCGCCUUUGGAACUGGAGAUGGCGCCCUGGGGACAAAGCAGGUCAUUGUUGAGCCAGGACAGGUCAUUGUUGACCCAAGACCCAUCAUCAUUGACUCAGGACAGGAACGGUCAUCGUUGACCCAAAGCAGGUCAUCGUUGACCCAAGACAGGUCAUCGUUGACCCAGGACACGUCAUCGUUGACCCAAAGAACGUCCCCUUUGGAGCUCGAGGUGGCCCCGUGGGGACAAACCAGGUCCCCGCCGGCCCAAGAGCCGCCGCUGGCCCGAGGGACGUCACCGUUGGGACAGGAGGUGACACCGGGGGGACAAGAGAGGCCACCAGGGGCGGCUCCUUUGUCACCGGAGACGACCCCGUGGGGACAACCCGGGCCGUCGUUGGCCCGAAGAACGUCCCCUUUGGGACAGGAGGUGACACCGGGGGGACAAGGGACGUCCCCUUUGGUGCCAGGGACGUCCCCGUGGGCGCGGGGGGUGGCACCUGCCCCGGGGACGUCCCCAAGGACACGACCGAUGUCACCUGGGCCACCAGAAUCGGCGCCUGGGCCACCAGAGACACCCCCAAGGACACAACUGAUGUCACCUGGGCCACCAGAAUCGGUGCCUGGGCCACCAGAGACACCCCCAAGGACACAACUGAUGUCACCUGGGCCACCAGAAAUGUCCCCUGGGCCACCAGAGAUGUCCCCAAGGACACGAGGGACGUCCCCUGUGGCACCAGCGCUGCCCCCAAGGCCACCAGUGAUGUCCCCUGGGCCACCAGAGGUGACACCUGGGCCACCAGUGAUGUCACCCGGGCCACCAGUGAUGUCACCUGGGCCACCAGAGGUGACACCUGGGCCACCAGUGAUGUCACCUGGGCCACCAGAGGUGUCCCCUGGGCCACCGGCGCCGUCCCCUUUGUCCCUCGGGGGGGCCCAGUGGCCGGACGUGCCCCCCCCCGGG